AUGAUCUGCUUCAACGACGUGAAGUUUCUACCGCAGGACUUUGAGGUAAAGAACUUCGCCGUCAGCCAGACCCGGACUAGCUGGUUCACAAAGACCUUUGUGUGCAUGAGAAUGAUCAUGGAUGAGAAUACGCGAAAAAUAAUUGGCCAGUGCAUCAUGUCCGGCCGAGAGGUCAAGCGGCGGGUGCACGGAGAGACAGAGAUUCUGCAAGUGCUCCAUACUAAAGAGGACCGGAUCAAGGCACUGGCCAAGUACUUUGACGUGCACCUUCGCAAGAACGAGAUCGAAGGCAUCCGUGGGCUAACCUCCGAGCUCAUAUAG